AUGUAUUCCUCUCCAAGCGCCCGCAAGUCCAUGGACACGAUUUCGUCCAUGUCUCCUCCGGCCACGCGCACCGAGUUCCCGUUCCACAAACAGGGACAGGCUCACACUUACCAUACCGCGAGACGAGGCUCGACUGCGAGCUCCAUACACUCUAUAGGGGGGUCCCUUGAUACUUCAUCCAGCAGCUGGGCAAACGCGGUGCUGGAAUCUGGUCAAAACGCCAUAUCAACCUUGCUACAACCGCCCAUCGUUCGGACGGGCCUACAGCCUCAUACCUCUGCUCCUGCGUCCAGCGCACAUAAACCUCCUACCGCUCGCGAUAUUCCUCCCGUGACUUUGACGAACAUUCCGCAUAUCGAUCCCGCUGAGUUUAAGCCGUACCUGUCGCAAGUUGGCGCCCUAUACGAACAGCUUCGGCGAGUUAAGGAACAAGACGAUGACAGGCCCGGGUCUUCAGGCCGUCGGUCGAGCAAACACGACGAGUUUGGGGAUUCCAUUGAUGAGAGUCAUCUCAAGCCCGCAGGUCGGCAGCCCUCGAGGCGGAAAUCUUCCAUCGCAUCAAUAACGUCGAUAUCUUCUCUCGAAGGUCCAGGGCUUUUGCGACGAUCCAGUUCAGGCUAUAGCAAAAAGGGCGCGCAUGGUCCGCCUCCGUUGUCGACGAUACCGAACGUAUACUUUGACGAUGGCUUUCAUCUAGAGAACCCAAGGACGUUUGAUGUCGUCAGUGAACGGUCUGAGGUUGUUCCGCCUGCACCGGGGAGCGUGGACAACAAAAAUGAUGGCAAUGGCAACAUAGUAGCACCGCGAAAGGCCUUGGCCACCAACGCCAUUCUACAGGAGAAACUCUCCUGGUAUAUGGACACCAUUGAGGUUCAUUUGAUUAACUCUAUAUCGACAGCCUCAACGACAUUUUUUACGGCUCUCGGCUCAUUGCGCGAGCUCCAUUCAGAAGCCGCGGAGUCGGUCGAUCGUAUCAGGGCGCUUCGUAAGGAACUUGAAGCUUUGGACGAGGAGAUCGCCACCAAGGGUCUGAAUAUCGUUCAGAAGCGCCGGCGGAGAGAAAAUGUGCAGGCCCUCAAUGAUGCGGUUCUCCAACUGAAACAUAUUGUUGAGGGUGUUGCGUCGUGCGAGGCGCUGGUAGAUGCUGGUGAGGUUGACCAGGCUUUGAGUAAUAUUGACACACUUGAGCUUCUGAUAGCUGGUGAGCAUGACGAUUCGCCCGAGGCUGAACCUCCGAUACUCCCACUGGCACGGAUGAGGGAUCUGAGGGGAGCGACGGCUCUGCAAAGCGUCAAUGACGACCUACAACAACUACGGUCCCGGAUCGGAAAAGCCUAUGAAUCCAAGUUCCAGAGCUUGUUGCUAGCUGAUUUACGGAGGCAUGUUGAGUCGGUCCAAAGCCGGGAGGUUCUUCUUCGCUGGGGCAGCUCAUCGCUGCGGGCAAGGGGAGGCACGUCAAGAGAGUCUGCCGGCCCACCAGCUUAUCUUGCCUCUACACAAGAAUUGCGCAAAGCAAUCAUGCCCAAUCUUCAUGGUCUGCACAGGGCUCACCAUAUAUCCGCUGCAAUCGCAGCUUACCGGGAAAUUGUUCUACGUGAGAUCAAAAACCUCAUCAGGAGACCGCUACCUAGCUCCAACGAUGAUGAUAACGAGUCAAUGAUGUCCGCCUCCACGAUGAGCGGCGGAAAACACCUCUCGAAUCAGGAAAAGUCAUCGAUUUUGUCAAGGAACCUGAGGGCACUGGACCCUAAGGAUGCAGAAGACUUACUCAAGUCGAUCUACAUUGGCGUUACCGAAACCCUCCGGCGGUUGACUACCCAGGUCAAGGUGCUUCUCGACAUCGCAAGCUGUCUGACGGAAGAAGCAACAGCUGCCGGGUUGAAGUCGCCACCUAUUCGCUCUCCGCUCGCGAGUCCUACGCCUUUCGACCGGGAGUUUCCCCGAUUUGAUGAGUCUCCGAGCUUCGAGGUCCAAGAAGAGAUUCACAAGGCAAUGGACAUUGCCAACCUGGUUGGACAGGCCGUCGAUGUUGCGCAGGACAAGAUUGUCAGGGUGUUGAAAGUACGAUCGGAGCAGAGCACGCACCUUAGCCUGUCUUGGUUCCUUCGCUACUUUACCCUCAACCUGUUCUUCGCCAACGAAUGUGAAGCGCUUUCAGGACGCAGCGGCACGGCACUCAAAACCUUGGUCAAUGGCCAUAUCAAGGAAUUCGUGCAGCAACAUGGCGACGCAGAGAAGCAGAAGCUAGCUCAAGGCAUGGAGUCCGACCAAUGGAGCGCCAAAGACUUCGAUGAGAAGAACAAGGCUCUCCUUGAUCAGGUCCUCGAAAGUAGUACCAAAGACGCCGCAGCCUGGUCAGAAGGGACGAAGAUCUGGGAAGGAAAUCCUGACGACGCUGUAUCGAAUGGAAGUGCAGCACCGCCUCCGGAGACGAACGGAACGAGUGGUAAAGAAAAGGCGCGUGUUGCAGAGAUUGAAAGCGAAACGUUCUUGCUCCCCAAUUCCGCCAUACUUGGUCUUGAAGGCAUCUCGCACUUCAUGCAUCUCAUCGGCAGCAUUCCGUCCAUGGCAACCGACGUCGCCAGUUCCCUUAUUGGCUACCUGCAGCUUUUCAACUCCCGCUGUACCCAGCUCAUCCUCGGUGCAGGUGCCACUCGAUCUGCCGGUCUCAAAAACAUCACGACCAGGCACUUGGCAUUGGCCUCCCAGGCCCUGUCGUUCAUUGCGACCUUGAUACCCCACAUUCGGGAGUUUGUGCGGCGGCACGCCGGCUCUGGAGCCGGUGUUUCUAGUCUGAUGGGAGAAUUUGAUAAGGUUAGGCGCCUCUUCCAAGAGCAUCAGAACAGCAUCUACGACAAAUUGGUCGAGAUCAUGAGCGGUCGCGCGGCGCAGCAUUCGAAAUCCAUGAAAGCAAUUGACUGGGAUCACGAUGGAAGCCAGUCGGUUCAUACGUACAUGGAGACGUUGGCCAAGGAAACCACGACCCUGCACCGCGUAUUGACUAAGCACCUGCCCGAGACCUCGGUACAGCUCAUCAUGGGACCUGUAUUCUCAAGCUACAAGGAUCAGUUUGGUAGGGUCUUUGAAAUGGCGGAUUCGAAGACGGUCAUUGGCCGCGAUAGGAUGCUCCGAGACGUGGAUUUCUUCAUCACGAAGCUCGGCAAGCUAGACGGGUUUGGGGAUGCGGGCGAGUACUUGAGGAGCUUCAUCAACGCCAAGGAAAUCAAGAGCGCCGUAGCAUCACCGCCGCCGGAGAAGCAAGCGGCCGACGGGGGAUCGGAGACGACGGUCUCGGCUAGGAACUCGACUGCCGAGCCGGAGAGCCGGCAGAGUGCGGAGGACUCGGGUAAGACGGAGUCGCCGUCGCCAAGGGGUGGAGAGGAGGAGAGUAAGCAGGCGCCAUGA